CCAAGUAGAUUUUACUCAAGAGCCACCAAAUAACCGUGCUUUGGUUCCUACUGUGUUUCCAUGCCACUAUUUGCCUUUUCAUACUUAACCACUAUUUAACUGUGACUUAACUUUAUUAUAUACUUUUUUUCCCUGUCAAUCACCAUAUAGCGCUGUUUGUAAAGAUCGUUUGUUGUUCAAAAUGACUUCUCUUAAGAUUCGCGUCGAGUCACCAAAAGUCAAGUAUACUGCAGACUCUAUCAUUACUGAGUACGUAUAUCAAACUACGAAAGUCAUCCGCACUGCCAAAAAGACAGACCCAGAAUAUAAGGUGAUUCCUAACCAAUUGAAGCUUCAUAUUCGGACAGACAUCAAAGUGCCAAGAUUAGGAGUUAUGCUGGUAGGGUGGGGAGGCAAUAAUGGCACAACAAUUACUGCAGCGUUACUAGCCAACAAGCACAAAUUUUCAUGGAAGACAAAAGAUGGUAUCCAAAAAGCUAAUUGGUACGGUUCUUUGAUCAAGGCUUCCACAGUGCGUUUGGGUAGCUGCGAAAAUGAAGACGUAUAUGUGCCGAUAUCUUGGCUGCUCCCAAUGGUCAAUCCAGAUGACAUCGAAGUUGAUGGUUGGGAUAUUUCCAGCAUGAAUCUUGCCGAUGCAAUGGAGCGAGCCAAAGUGCUAGAUGUUGAUUUGCAAAAUCAAUUAAGACCUUUUAUGGUAAAAAUGGUACCCAGGAAAAGUGCCUACUUUUCCGAUUUCAUAGCAGCUAACCAGGAGUAUCGAGCAAAUAACCUUAUUUUAGGUACAAAAAAAGAUCAGUUAAACUCUAUAAGAAAAGAUAUAGCUGAUUUUAAGGUAUCAAAAAAUUUAGAUAAAGUAAUAGUUUUAUGGACUGCAACCACUGAGAGAUUCGUCGAGAUUAUUCCUGGUGUUAACGAUACAGCUGAUAAUUUAUUAAAAUCAAUUGAACUUAGCCACCCAGAGAUAAGUCCCAGUACUUUAUUUUCUGUUGCUUCGGCACUAGAAGGGUGUACAUACCUAAAUGGUUCACCACAAAAUACUUUCGUACCUGGAGCUAUUGAGCUCGCUGAAAAAUUGGAGACCUUUAUUGGAGGAGAUGAUUUUAAGACUGGACAAACAAAAAUAAAAUCAGUUCUUGUCGACUUCUUAGUUUCUGCUGGUAUCAAACCAGUGUCAAUUGUAAGUUACAAUCACCUUGGUAACAAUGAUGGCUUCAAUUUGUCAGCUCCCCAACAAUUUAGGUCCAAAGAGAUAUCGAAGAGUAAUGUUGUUGAUGACAUGGUUCAAUCAAACAAACUGCUUUACGAACCAGGAGAAAAGCCAGAUCAUUGUAUUGUCAUCAAGUACGUCCCCUAUGUUGGUGACAGCAAGCGUGCAAUGGAUGAGUAUACGUCAGAGAUACUCAUGAGUGGUCAUAAUACCAUCGUCGUUCACAACACUUGUGAAGAUUCGCUACUUGCGUCACCCAUUAUACUGGAUCUGGUACUGAUUGCCGAGAUAUGUUCACGGAUACAUUUUAAAUACGCUGACCAGCCAGACUCGCAGUACAAGGGUUUCUGUAGCACCCUUUCCAUUCUCUCGUAUCUACUAAAGGCACCACUUGUACCACCAGGUAGUCCUAUUGUAAAUGCAUUGUUUAAGCAGCGUGCAGCCAUUGAGAAUAUUUUUAAGGCUUGCAUUGGCAUUCCACCUGAGAACAACAUGCUAUUGGAGUUCAAGAUCAACAUUGACUAAAUUACUAUAUCAAAGUUUUUUUUUUUUUAAUUAUUUUACUAUGUCAAUUUUAAGGAAACCUACCUAUUAAUUUUAAGCCCAGCAACGACAAUAACAAGUGAUAAUAAGUAUUCUAUCGUUAUGUAGACAAAACCAUAACCUAGAGGUUACAGUUCCUUACUUAAUUACAAUUUUUUCUUAGCUAAAUAGUACUUUUAAAAAAAUAAUAGCCAUACUUUUGUUGUACAGUGUAUUUAUUUUUUAGCGUAGUGUCGUCAAUUUAACUGAGUAUAAGACUAGUGAGUAAUUAUUGAUGAGUAUCAGUACUUUUUUUAAUUCUAAUUUUAUAAAAUAAAUUGAAUUUAAGAUUAAUAAUUGUUUUAAUACUAUAUUAUAGCAAAAAAGUGUAAUUUUUUCCAGUUCACGAAAAAUCAUAUUAAUAAGCUACUCAAUCUCUUAUCAAAAAGAUUGCCACACAACUACUUGGCACACACUAGAAAACUACAUGGUACAAGUUUUCUGAUUACUGGCACUAUUAAGUGCUGGUAAAAGUAGUCAAUAACACUGACAACUUCUACUAGUUGUUUCAAGAAAAAAUAUUUCUGUGAAAAAUAAUAAAAUAUUGACUCAGUGCUAUGUACAUACGACUAUUCAUUGACACUGUUAAAGAUCUAUCAAAAAUUUCAGAACACUUAACCGUUGAAAACCUAAAAAGUAGCUCGUUAAAAGUUGUGACUUCUACGUUAAGUCUUAUGAUGAUUUAAUAUUUUAAGCACCAAGUGUAGCAUUUCUUAUGUAUAUACAAACUACAAAAAAUCAAUUUUUACAAUAUGCACCUUUAUUAUCAUAAUAACAUGUAACGUUCAUCAUUAUUUAGACAUUAAACAAUUUUUUUUCUUUUCUUUGAAUAAAAUGGUGAUAUGGGUUAUAUUAACUUUUGACAGAAGUUUUAUUAUGUAUUGUAAGGCUUGAUAGAUUAUAGUUGUGUACAGUUUAUAAGCAGCUGUAAUUAACAUUUUUUUUAUUUUAUUAUAAUUAACAAUCUCUAAUCUUUUUUACCAAUAAAAAUGGGAAAUUAAAUGACGCAAGUAAUAAACAAGCUAUUUCAUUUAACGAAAGGCCUACAUAUUCUAAUUUUUUAAUGAUAUCUAAUUUUUUUCUAUAAAUCCAGUUUUCAUCCGACUUUAAAUUUCCUCUUUCUCUCAAGUCUAGUUUUCUUGGCUAUCAAAGUUUAUGUCAAUAAAAUUGUCUUUUUGAACUUAUUUGAGUUUUCCCAUCAAAUGUUUUUUGUGAAAACAAUAAUAUCAUAAACAUAUUUCAAAAUGAUCGUUGUACGUUAACACUGAUAUCAUAAACGUGCUAUAAUUUUGUGUUUCUUUUUCAUAAAACAAUAUAUCUAUAAUGAAUAAAAAAUUUGAGCUUAUGUUUAUAUAUUGACCAAUCCUUCUAUAGUUCAUGUAUGUAUACAUUUCUAUAUCAUGUAGCUAAAGAUGUACGAAAUUCCAAAUAAUCCUCCCAUUUCCACGAAAGUACCCCCCAACG